AUGAGGUGUGCUCAUGACAAUGGUGCAUCCACUCGGCGGCUGCAGUACCUGGUGGACGGGUUCUUCGUGGACAACUACACACGCAGCAUUGACCUGGUUCUCAUCACUCGUAAUGCCAAUGAGCAACUGUUCACCGCCACCAAAGCCACCCUCUCCCUUCAGCCGGGCGGCAGCAUGGACGCUACUUUCCUAAUCCAGCCGGUCAACGUGGAAUACUACGACCUGAAUGUGACAAACAACGUGAUACGGCUCGUCCUGGAGCUGCUGUUUGUGGCCGGCGUGGUUUGGAACGUAGUGGAGGAGGUGAAGGAGAUGAUGUGGAUUUGGAAGGUGCAGCGAAGGAUAUCAAUGGCAGUGCUAUCCGGGCAGAGCUUCAAUAUGCAGGCACGCUACAACAUCUACUACACUCUGGAUGAGUACCCGCGCUACUGGGCCCUCCCCAACCCGCCCUCGGGGUACCUGGCUGCAGUGGCUGCUGCUGACAAACUGGGCAGUAUUAUCAACACGAGCUCAGCUUACUUCGCUCUGCAGGGCAUGAAUGUGUUCAUCAUGGUGCUGCGAGUGCUCAAGCUGAUGGACUUCCAGCCGCACAUGGGCAUCAUCACUCGCUCCAUCCGCGUCGCCCUCCCCUCCAUCCUGCACUUCUUCCUACUCUCCCUGGCUGUCUUCCUAGCCUAUGCCACCUAUGCCUACCUCGUGUUCGGCAUGACCAUGGCACAGGUGAGUCGGACGUGUGUGUGCGGGGGGCGCAUGCGUGGCGCCUUGUGUGGCAGGCUGGUGAGGGCUCUCCCCUCCAUCCUGCACUUCUUCCUGCUCGCCCUAGCAGUCUUCCUCGCAUAUGCCACCUACGCCUACCUUGUGUUUGGCAUGACCAUGGCUCAGGUGCGUGCGUAUGUGUGUUGUGUGUAG